AUGUCUAAACUAAACCCAGUUACUACUCACAGAGAGUUUUCCGGUCUUCCUGGUGCUAUUGGAAUCACCAUUGGUUUGCCAUCUCUCAUUAUCUUUUUUGCAUUAGUUUCCAACGAAGCCUACUCUGUACAAGGUAUCAACUUAGAUUUCCAGGCGAUCUUGAGUCAACUUCCACAAAGUUCUCAAGAAUGGAUUGACCUCGUGUUUGACAAAACCGUCUGGGCUGCUUACCUCGUGUGGUUUUUUGUGUUGGUAGCUUUGGACUUUGUCUUGCCUGGAAAACAUAUGAAGGGUACUACCUUGAGAGACGGAACCCAGUUGGACUACAAGAUUAACGGUUUGGCCAUGUCCUCGACUCUCAUCGCAGUUUUGCUUGCCAGAUUCUACCAAACAGAAAACGGCUACUUGCCCGAAUUGCUGUUCAUCUACGAUAACCAGAUGAAAUUGACUCUAGUCACUACAGUGUUCUCGUUCUUGCUUGCAGUGUUUGUCUACGUCAUUUCUUUUGUUCCAUUGGUCAAGCCAAAUGCUCAUGGAACUAGAGAGAGAAUUUUAUCCAUCAAUGGAAACACUGGGAACCCCAUCUACGACUGGUUCAUUGGUAGAGAAUUGAAUCCCAGAAUUGGCUCCUGGGAUAUCAAGUUGUUCUGUGAAUUGAGACCAGGCUUGCUCUUGUGGUUUCUCAUCAACUUGUCUUGUUUACAUAACCAGUACCACAAGUAUGGUCAGGUGACUGAUUCCGUUAUCUUGAUCAACGUACUCCAAGGAUUCUACGUGUUCGAUGGAGUGUUGAACGAAGAAGGCUUAUUGUCCAUGAUAGACAUCACUACAGAUGGCUUCGGUUUCAUGCUCUCUUUCGGCGAUUUGGCAUGGUUGCCGUGGGUAUACUCCUUUCAGGCUCGUUACUUGAGUUUGCCUGAAAACACCUUAACUUUGGGUCGUGGAAAUGUAGCUAUUAUUGUAGGUAUUAUGGCUCUUGGAUAUUACAUCUUCCAUUCAUCUAAUAAGCAGAAGUCUGAUUUCAGACAAGGCAAGUUGGAACACCUCCAGUUGGAAAGCAUCCAGACCACGACAGGCUCUCGUUUGCUUUGCGACGGAUGGUGGGGUGCUUCUCAACAUAUCAACUACUUGGGUGACUGGUUGAUUGGCUGGGCCUGGUGUUUGCCUACUGGGUUUCAAACCCCGUUGACAUACUUUUAUGUUGUAUACUUUGGAACACUUUUGGUGCACAGACAGACGAGAGAUGAAGCCAAAUGUAGGGCUAAGUACGGCAAGCAAUGGGAGGAGUAUGAAGAAAAGGUUCCUUACAAGAUCAUUCCCUAUGUGUAUUAA